UGCUUAUAAUGCUUACGCUUCUUUUCGUUUUACACCAGGCAUAUGCUAGAGAGGGCUACAACCAAGAUAAAGUAUCAAAUUACGAAUUACGGGCUAAUAACUACGGAAUAAAUGUUAAGAACAAAAUGCAGAUGCAUUCCUACAAGACCCAAAACGCAUCCACCAUAGAAAGCAUAUCCGAUACCAGCACCGGAUAUUCCAUAAAACUGCAUGCCAGGAAGAGUGAACUGGACUUCAGAGUUGAAGGUAACUCGUUGUUUAUUACGUUCAGCAAAGAAAAUGAGCACAUGGAGAUCAGCAACCAGAUGAGGAUCGAUGUUACCAACAACAACCUACAAAAUUUUUAUGCCAAGGAAAUUCAUGAAGAUAACGACACUUACACCGUGGUUAACCUGGUAUUUGAGAAGCCGGAUGGUGCUGAGCUUGAAAUUAGCAAGAACUACAGCGAAGAAGCUGAUUAUGAAGAUUAAUCAGAAAAAGUAGAUUUGAUCGCUGAAUAAAGCUGUUUUG